AUGGAAGUAACUCAGGUUCUUCUAAGUGCACAAGCAGUUGAUUCGACAGUAAGGAAACAUGCUGAGGAUACUUUAAAGCAGUUUCAGGAGCAAAACCUUCCUGGUUUUCUGUUGUCCCUGUCUCUUGAGCUUGCCAAUGAGGAGAAGCCAGUGGACAGCCGUAAAUUAGGAGGUCUGAUUCUUAAAAAUGCAUUGGAUGCGAAAGAGCAGCAUCGAAAACACGAGCUUAUGCAAAGGUGGAUUUCGUUGGAUGUGGCCAUCAAGAGCCAGAUCAAGGCGUGCUUACUGCAGACCCUCUCGUCUGGUGUUGCUGAAGCCAGAUCCACUGCAUCACAGGUCAUUGCCAAGGUCGCAGGCAUUGAAUUGCCACACAAGCAGUGGCCUGAGCUCAUAGCAUCCCUCCUGUCGAAUGUCCACCAGGUUGCGCCUCACGUGAAGCAAGCCACUCUCGAAACUCUUGGGUACAUUUGCGAAGAAGUGGGUCCUGAAGCAGUCGAGCAAGACCAAGUAAAUAAGAUACUAACGGCUGUGGUUCAGGGCAUGAAUGCCAACGAAAGUAGUGAGGUACGCCUAGCGGCUACACGAGCUUUAUACAAUGCUCUAGGUUUUGCCCAGGCCAACUUCUCAAAUGAUAUGGAGCGGGACUACAUAAUGAGAGUUGUCUGUGAGGCUACUCUUUCUCCCGAGGUGAAGAUCCGACAGGCUGCAUUUGAGUGCCUGGUCUCAAUUGGGUCAACGUACUACGAGAAAUUAGCUCGGUAUAUUCAGGACAUAUUCAACAUCACGUCCAAGGCCGUCCGGGAGGAUGAGGAGCCUGUGGCGCUUCAGGCAAUUGAGUUCUGGAGCUCAAUCUGUGAUGAGGAAAUUGAUAUUCUUGAGGAAUACGGAGGUGAUUUCACAGCGGAUUCAGAUAUCCCGUGCUAUUACUUUAUCAAGCAGGCCCUUCCAGCACUUGUCCCCUUGUUAUUGGAAACCCUUCUUAAGCAAGAAGAAGAUCAGGAUCAGGAUGAGGGUGUGUGGAAUCUUGCAAUGGCUGGUGGGACCUGCCUUGGUUUGGUUGCCCGUACAGUGGGGGAUGACAUUGUGCCCCUCGUCAUACCAUUUAUUGAGGGAAAUAUAACAAAAGAAAACUGGAGGCAGAGGGAAGCCGCCACCUAUGCAUUUGGCUCAAUAUUAGAAGGCCCUUCCCCCGACAAAUUGACUCCAAUUGUCAAUGUUGCCCUCAAUUUUAUGCUUACUGCUCUUACUAAAGACCCAAGCAGCCACGUGAAGGAUACAACAGCCUGGACGCUGGGAAGAAUAUUCGAGUUCCUUCACGGCUCGACAGUUGUUGAGGAACCCAUAAUCACUUCUAUUAACUGCAAGCAGAUCAUCACUGUCCUCCUCCAGAGCAUGAAAGAUGCUCCGAAUGUUGCCGAGAAAGCCUGUGGGGCCCUCUAUUUCCUGGCUCAGGGCUACGAGGAUGUGGGCCCCACUUCCCCGCUGACCCCGUACUUCCAAGAAAUUGUCCAGUCCCUCCUGCAUGUGACCCACAGGGAAGAUGCAGGGGAAUCGAGGCUGAGAACAGCUGCCUAUGAGACUCUGAAUGAGGUUGUCAGGUGCUCGACUGAAGAAACGGCUCGUCUGGUGCUGGAACUUGUCCAGGUCAUCAUGGCUGAGCUUCACAAGACCCUUGAGUCACAGAAACUCUCAUCCGACGAGAGAGAGAAACAAAGCGAACUCCAAGGGCUCCUCUGUGGUUGCCUGCAGGUCAUCAUCCAGAAAUUAGGGUCUUCCGAAGCCACUAAGUAUGCCUUUUUGCAGUAUGCUGAUCAAAUAAUGAAUCUUUUCCUGCGCGUGUUCGCUUGUAGAAGUGCCACUGUCCACGAGGAGGCCAUGCUCUCAAUUGGGGCCCUUGCUUAUGCAGCUGGCCCGAAUUUUGCUAAGUACAUGCCUGAUUUCUACCAGUACCUGGAAAUGGGCCUCCAGAAUUUUGAUGAGUACCAGGUUUGUGCGGUCACAGUUGGUGUUGUGGGGGAUAUCUGCCGGGCUUUGGAUGAUAAGAUUUUGCCCUACUGUGAUGGGAUAAUGACUCAGUUACUGAAGGACCUGUCGAGCAACCAGUUGCACCGGUCUGUGAAGCCCCCGAUCUUCUCGUGCUUUGGGGAUAUAGCUUUGGCGAUUGGUGAGAAUUUCGAGAAGUAUUUGAUGUAUGCGAUGCCGAUGCUCCAGAGUGCUGCUGAGCUGUCAGUCCACACCUCGUUGGCCGAUGAUGAGAUGAUCGAGUAUACUAAUCUUCUGAGGAACGGGAUUCUGGAGGCAUAUUCAGGGAUCUUUCAGGGCUUCAAGAACUCGCCCAAAACCCAGCUCCUCAUACCAUACGCGCCUCAUAUCUUGCAGUUCCUGGAUAGCAUUUACAUGGAGAAGGAUAUGGAUGAUGUUGUGAUGAAAACUGCCAUUGGCGUUCUUGGAGAUCUGGCAGAUACUCUGGGAAGUAAUGCAGGUUCUCUGAUUUCUCAGUCUGUAUCGAGCAAAGAUUUCUUGAACGAGUGCUUGUCCUCAGAUGACAAUUUGAUUAAGGAAUCUGCAGAGUGGGCCAGGAUGGCCAUCACACGUGCAAUAUCUGCUUGA